ACAGCCCUUAGUCGAUGUGGCGAAGAUUUGGUGGUUUGGUAAUUACCGGAAAGAAGUUUGAACUGUUAACCCUCCUCGCCCUCUCUCUCUCUCUCUCUCUGGAUCACUAAUUCGGGUUGAAACCUACAAAACCUAUAAAAGGCUCCGAGAAAGUCGCUCGAACAAACAUAGUGUGUACGCCCGAUGAUGUUAGCACACAUUUCAAGGGCAGGAGUAUCUGAAUCAGGUUGGCCAUUUAGAAAGCUUCUGUGAUAGAAGAAAGUCCGUCAAUAAGUUUUUGGUAGUUAGAACAUGAAGCGCAAGCGUGGGAAUAAGAAAGGCAAAUCAAAGAAGCUCCCUGUGGUGGUAGUGAACGAGCCCACCCAAAACGUUGUCAGUCUAAAUACAGAAGAUAAUUCUGGUUUUGGUGAUAUUGACAAUGAUGAUAAUGACUGUGGAAUGGAGGCUGAGACACCAUCUUCAAUGGAAACUGAUCAGCCAGAGAAACUUGCAAGUAUUAAUUCUGACAGAUUAAUUAAUAAGGCAUCUGCAAAGUUGGUUUAUGGGCGCGUCAAAGUGAAAAUCAAGACGAAAACGUUACAAUCUCAGCUUACUUCUUCAGAUGUGCCUACACAAAGUGAUACUGACAAGAGUAGCCAGCAAGUAGGUCAAGAAAAUCAGGGAAUAGUUAGUGAGAAAAUGGAAGACAGUGCCAACUCAUUGCCUGAUGUGAAUACAGCUGUUUCGGGUAAUCCAUCCAAGAAAGCUGGGAGCAUAAAAAUUAAAUCAUCAAGGGGCUUUGGUUCUUUAGGUAUGAAUCAGUGUAGUAAUGCUGCAGUGGUGCAGAGUGAGCGUACAAACCAAAAAGAACCUGGGGUACUUUGUCGGGAUCCUCACUAUAAUGAGCAAGAAUUAACUGCUUCCCUGGAGGUAAUUAAGAAGAUAAUGAAAAUGGAUGCUGCUGAGCCCUUCAAUGCUCCCGUGAAUCCUGUUGCGUUGGGAAUACCUGAUUACUUUGAUGUCAUUGAUACACCUAUGGAUUUUGGGACAAUAUGCAGCAACCUUGAAAGCGGUGUUAAGUACAUGAAUUCAGAGGAUGUGUUUAAGGAUGUGCAAUAUAUCUGGGAAAACUGUUACAAAUAUAACAAUAAAGGUGAUUAUGUUGUGGAGCUCAUGAAGCGCGUGAAGAAGAACUUCUCAAAGUAUUGGACGGCUGCUGGGUUGUAUACUGAACAACCCGGUAUUAAUGGUGUUGAAAGCAUUCAAUCAAAGGAUGUUGCGCCUAGCAGCAAUGAGAAGAUGCAGGUGAAAGGUGGUUCAUUAAAACAUAAGAUGCGAAAGCGCCAUGGAGUUAAACGGCAUAAGGACGACUGUCUGUGUGCUAUAUGUGUAAUGAUGCGUCGCAGGCAGGAGCGUGAGGAGAGUGCUCAAAUUGAAGACCAGAUAGGGACUAGUUACAGUCAUCUGGCUCAAGAAGUGAAGCCCGAGGAACCUUCACCUGGAGAAAGUCCCUACGGUGAGAAUACUUCAUCCAAUAUGGAUAAUUCACCCGGGCCAGAUGCAGAUGCGGACUUGGAAGAAAAAGUAGAGGAGGUGAAGUUGGAAGUUACUAAACAGCUAUAUAGCCCAAUACAAGAGAAGCAGGAGGAGGAGGAGAAGGGCAAUGAAAUGGAUAUGCAGACAAAAGGAGGGGUUGAAAUGUCUGGACGUUCACAACCAGGUGAAAGAUCUGGUGAAGAGCACAGUAGAGACUACCCAACACAUAUGGUGGAAUCUGGUGGUGAUAUGCAGCAGCAGGUUGAUGCUCAGACAGAAGAAACAUCAAUGCAACAUGAGCUCGAAACUGUAGCUGUUGAGCAACAGAAGCUAAAGGAAUUGUCAGAUAAGAGACAGAAAGCUAAAAUGUACGAGAAUUUACGUCGUUUUCAAAAUCCUAUGCUUCUGAAGUUAUGUGGAACCCUCUUUCCUGACAAUCACAAAUCUGUAUGGAGCGGGCCUCAUUCACUGGCUCGGCGUCCUGAUCUUGGUCGAAGUAGUUCUAUUCAUGAAGCUAUCAUGACAUUCAUGAAGUAGAUAAGGUAUGUGUUGCUUAACUUUGUCUAGAAUUCUUGAGCACAUUCCAAAAAAUAACUUCAUUUGGUGCCUGGAAAUUAUUUGAGGAAGCAACUUCAAAGUGUUGUGGUUUUGGAUUUGUACAACAAGAGAUUGAUGAGCAUAACUUGUGAUGGUUAGAAGGGAAUUUGUAAUUUAUGCAAGCAAUAAAGACAAAAACACCAAGCUUGAUUUUACAUUAGACCUCUGGUCUUUUGUGGGUUAUAAUUUGUUUCAUGUAAUAUGAAUAUACACAUGCCUCUAGUUUUUUCUUUUUCUGAUA